UGUUAGAAGCUGAGUACUGACUUUUAAUCUUUCUUCCUUGGCUCUAAAAACUAUUAUUUCAGUUUUGCCUUCAUUUCACUAAAAUAAGUUCUGGCACAUCCAAUCUUUAAUUUGAUUGAUGCAGUGGAUUGGACUAUAGUCUCCUGGUGCGAUGGUUAUGUAGAUUUGUGUAUCAUCAGCAUAGUUUUGGUGAUAUAUUUAGUUGUUUUUCAUAAUUUGAGCAAGUGGCAGCAUGUAGAUGUUGAACAGCAGUGGUCCCAGGAUGGAGCCUUGGGGAACUCCACGUGUUAUUUUUAUUCACUCAAAUUUAUAGUUACCUAUAGACACCAAGCAGUCCUUGUCUUUGAAAUAGUAUUCAAACCAUUUAAUUGCAGCACCAGAAAGUCCUGCCCAGUUUUUUUUAGCUGGUCUAAUAAAAUCUUAUGUUCGAUUGUAUCAAACUCAGCACUGAGAUCCAGUAGUACCACAACUUAAAUGUUUCUGUCUGUGGUCAAGUUGAUGUCAUUAAAGACCUUUACUAGACAAGUCUCAGUGCUGUGAUGUGGCAGAAAACCUGACUGGUAGACAUCAAAGUAGUUAUUUAGUGUCAGGACUAGGGCUGAACGAUUUAUCGUUUUCUGAUCGAAAUUGCAAUUUCAGACAACGCGAUCACGUGAUCGUCAAAGCUGUGGUUUUUACAGCUCUCCUGACUGACCCAGGAUCUGUUGUGUCAACUAUUUUACACAUACAUGCCGUAAUCCUACCAUCCUGGCAAGCUCACCAAUCAGAGGCGGCAUUCUGCUCGUGGACAGGUCACGCUAACCAAUCAGUAUUAACAUGCUCAUUGCACUUUGAAAUCUUUACGUGUUUAAAAAUGGCUUCAGCAGAACCAGAAGCGGAGUUGGGGAAUUUAAACCCCAAGAAAAACAGUAUGUUGGUCAUUGGGGAGUAUUUCGGGUUUGAGGCUGCAGAUGUGCACCAGAAACAGGUACUAUGCAAAACCUGUCGCACUAAAGUUGCAACGUCUAGAGGAAACACAACUAACUUAUACCGGCACUUAAAAAAUCACCACAGGCAUUUGCAUGAUGAGUGCAUGACAAAAAAGUCUGGUGAAAAGUCAAGUGAAAAUGAUCCUCAGGCCCACUGUAGCAAACAGUCUACAAUUACAGCAUUGUUUCAAAGUGUAACUCCGUAUGACAAGACCAGCAAAAGACACCAGGCGAUAACGACUGCCAUUACGCUCUACAUUGCCAAGGACAUGGUGCCUGUUAACACGGUCACCAAACACGGUUUUAAAAACCUCAGCACGCUGGACAGAAGAUAUGCAAUUCCCUCCCACAACUGUAUGCAGAGUGUAAAGAAAAAGUGUUAACAGAGCUGAAACAUGUGGAGUAUUACGCCACUACUACAGAUAUGUGGUCAAGCAGAAUGACUGAACGGUAUCUUAGUUUCACCGUGCAUUUCAUAAAUGAUAACUUUGAAUUAAAAAGUCGCUGUCUGCAGACAGCGUACUUUCCCACCGACCAUACUGGAGAGAAUAUUGCCCUGGGAUUGAGAGAGUGUCUGUCAGAAGAGGCCCAGAUGUGCAUCACAACCGACAAUGCAGCAGAUGUCAUCAAAGCUGUGGAACACAGGCUGCAUCUUGCAAUUGAAAAUGCUGUUAAAGAUGAUGCAAGAGUUAAACAGGCAACAGGACUUUGCAAACAGAUGGUUGGUGUCUUCUCUCAUAGCUGGAAAAAGAAGACGGCACUGAAAACGGCACAGCAAGAAUUACAUUUACCUGAGCACUCACAAAUUACAGAGUGUCCAACAAGAUGGGGCUCAAGGCAAAAAAUGGUUGAGAGGGUGUUGGAGCAGAGCAAAGCGUUGUCUCAGGUUCUGUCUGAGGACAAGAAGACAUGUCACUUGGUCCCCACUUGGCAGGACCCAGAUGUCCUUAAAUCAAUAAACAAAGCCAUUGGUCCUCUUCAGGAAUUUACAGAUGCUCUGUCUGGUGAAGCCUAUGUAAGUGUCUCGUACCUGAAGCCAGUUCUCCAUCUCCUGAGAACAUCAACUCUGACUAGAAGUGAUGAGGACACAGAUCUUACCAAGGAAAUAAAGUCAAGAGCUCUUGGCUACAUUGAAGAUAAAUACAGCAAUCCAGCCACACAGGAGCUAAUGGACAUUACUUCGUUCCUUGAUCCUAGAUUCAAGACUGACUAUAUAAGUGCAGAGAAUGUCCCACACAUCAAAGAACGAGUGACGAUCGAAAUGGAGCAGGUGGCACGAAAGGAAAAGAGGCUCGUCUCAGCACUACAGAUGCCAUGCCCCGGGGUGCAGCAAAGGCAGACCCAUCUACCACAGGGAAGGGAAAGCGGUCACUGGGCAGCUUCUUCAAGAGCAAGGUUGUCCCUCCUCUUUCCUUCACUAUGGAGCUGGAGGAUACCAUUAAAGCUGAACUGGACAACUACCUGAUGACUCCUACUAUCGAUGGAGAGGAAGAUCCACUGGCCUGGUGGAGAGUGCACAAAGUUAACUUUCCAUGGCUGAGCAAACUGGCUCGUAAAUUCCUGUGCAUACCAGCCACCAGUUCGCCAUCAGAGAGAUUGUUUAGUGCUAGUGGAAAUGUUGUCACAUGUCAGCGCUCAUGUCUAAAACCAUCUAAGGUUGACAUGCUGGUUUUCUUGGAAAAAAAUCUGUAAAGAGUGAUGUAGAGAUGUCAGGGAAGCAAGUAUUGUUGUUAAUUAAGUACUUUUGAGAUUUUGUUUGUUCUGCAUUUCACCCUGACUUGUAGUGUCAGCCUUUGUUUAAAAAAAUAUAUUUGCUAUUUUUCAGGAAAACUGCUCCAUUUUUUACUUAAUAGAUGUGCAAUAAUUGGGUUUUUUUAUUUUAUUGGAAUUGUUGAAUUUUGUUUUUCUAAUUAUUUAUUUAACAUUGUUUUUGAAUUGUUUUGUGUUUUAUUCAACUUUUUUUUAACUUAACAAUAUUAAGGAUUUUUGCACUAGUUUUUUAAGUUAAGACAAAGAUGGCUGUUUUAGUUCUGCAGUUGUAAUAAAUGCCAUUGGUAAAGAACUUUAAACAAUGUGCAUUCAUGUUUUUGUUAAUAAACACAUUUGAAAGCAGUUCUUACCUUUAGCUUUCAUCCUUGUGUUAGAGUAAUAGCUUUUAAUGCUUUGGCAUAAUGUCAUUUUCUGUCAUAUUUGUAAAUGCUACUGUACACUGUGAACAUUGUACUGAAGCUUGCUUUGAAAAAAUCGUAAAUCGAAUUGAAAUUGCAAUAUCUGCCAGUAA